AGCCCCUCUAAACGGUGCUGCUGGUCUGGUGUGGGUGGCAUGCGGCGCAGAGAUAGCAGCAGCCCUCUCUGUCAACCCCACGCGCCCAAUCCCUUCUUUCCGCUUACUCCUCCCUCCCUUCUCUAUCCCAUCCCUCUCCCUCCUCUUCCAGAGCCCCUCUAAACGCGCCGACUGGUCUGAGCCCCUCUACACGGUGCUGCUGGUCUGUGCCCCUCUAAACGGUGCUGCUGGUCUGGUGUGGGUGGCAUGCGGCGCAGAGAUAGCAGCAGCCCUCUCUGGCACCUUCACGCGACACACCUUCUUCCCGCCGCUCCUCCCCCCCUCUCUAUCCCAUCCCUCUCCCUCCUCUUGCAGAGCCCUUCCAAACGGUGCUGCUGGUCUGGUGUGGGUGGCAUGCGGAGCAGAGAUAGCAGCAGCCCUCUCUGUCACGUUCACACGACCCCCCUUCUUCCCGCCGCUCCUCCCCCCCUCUCUAUCCCACCCCUCUCCCUCCUCUGUCAGAGCCCCUCUAAACGGUGCUGCUGGUCUGGUGUGGGUGGCAUGCGGCGCAGAGAUAGCAGCAGCCCUCUCUGUCAACCCCACGCGCCCAAUCCCUUCUUUCCGCCGCUCCUCCCCCCCCUCUCUAUCCCGUCCCUCUCCCUCCUCUUGCAGAGCCCUUCCAAACGGUGCUUCUGGUCGCGUGUGUGGCAUGCGGCGCAGCGUGUAG